AUGGACGCCACCACCGCCGCCGCCAUGGCCGACGUGGAACAACCCGUCGCCGGCGUCGAACCAGAUCCCUUGAAACCCAAGAAGCUAAUCACCCUCGUCCCUCUCAUCUUCCUAAUCUACUUCGAAGUCGCCGGUGGGCCCUACGGCGAGGAGCCGGCAGUCCAGGCCGCCGGCCCGUUCUACGCCCUCUUGGGCUUCCUCAUCUUCCCCUUCAUCUGGUCCAUCCCGGAAGCGCUCAUCACCGCCGAGCUCUCCACCGCCUUCCCCGGCAACGGCGGGUUCGUCCUCUGGGCCCAGCGGGCUUUCGGCCCAUUCUGCGGAUCCCUGAUGGGCUCGUGGAAAUUCCUCAGCGGCGUCAUCAACGUCGCCGCCUUCCCCGUCCUCUGCAUCGACUACGUUGUCAAGAUCUUCCCCGUCCUCCAGUCGGGCUGGCCCCGCAUCGUCGCCAUCAUCGCCGCGAUCCUCGUCCUCGCGUUCAUCAAUUACCUGGGCCUCAACAUCGUCGGGUACGCCGCGGUCGCCCUGGGCCUGAUUUCGCUUUCCCCUUUUGUUCUGAUGUGCCUGAUCGCAAUCCCUAAAAUCCGGCCCAAGAGCACUCUCGCCGGAGAAGUUGACAAGCCGGGGAAGACUUUCCCGGUUGCUCUGCCGGUCGCCGUUGCGCUGACGUGUUUAUCGUACCUAAUCCCUCUCUUCGCCGUCAUCGGGGCCGUUGAUGUGCCCCAAUUGGAAUGGGGAUCUGGGUUCCACGCCACAGCCGCGGAGAUGAUCGCGGGGAAAUGGCUCAAGAUCUGGCUCGAAAUCGGCGCGGGAUUGUCCGCAAUCGGGCUGUACGAGGCCCAAUUGAGCAGCUGCGCGUACCAGAUCUUGGGGAUGGCGGAAUUGGGGAUCCUCCCCAAAUUCUUCGCCGCGAGAUCGAAAUGGUUCCACACGCCAUGGAUCGGGAUCGCUGUCCCCACGGCGCUGACGCUCGGAGUGUCGUUCUUGCAGUUCACGGACAUCAUCUCCUCCGCGAAUUUCAUCUAUAGCUUGAGCAUGCUGCUGGAGUUCGCGGCGUUCUUGUGGCUGAGGCGUAAGAUGCCCGAGCUGGAGCGCCCCUACAGGAUCCCGAUGAGGCUGCCGCUGCUGUGCGUGUUCUGCUUGAUUCCGUGCGUGUUCUUGUUCAUCUUGAUUGUGAUUGCUACCAAGACCGUGUUCAUGGUGAGCGGGCUGAUGACGGCGGGGUCGAUUCUGUGGUUUCUGAUGAUGGCGCAGUUCAGAAAGCACAAGUACUGCGUCUUCGCCGUCGAUGAAGGGCACCAGGCUAGAUCUCGUUCCGUUGCUUUCGCCUUUCAAUGGUUAGAAGUUAAGAAUUUCGAUCGUCUUAUUGUGAGUGAUAUCCUUAUAGAUGCUUGUUUGUUGGCAUUUCGUUCAACAAGAUUCGUUGCAUCAAUGACAUUGAGUAUUAAAAUGCUGUCCAUAUCAUGA